AUGACGGUGCAGGACAGUAAACGUCUCACUCUCAGCUCGGUCAAACCUGUCGUCUACAGCAUAUCCUUAGCGUUCUGCGUCAGCUCCUUUCCCGAGUCCCACUCUCUGAGUGCCUUGAUCGGACUAUCUAUGCCGCACCUAACGGCCGAGUCCUCUCGCAGAGAGGCACCACCGACCACCAACCCCUCCACCCUACGAGAAAUCCUGGCUCCAAAACCAUACUUUCGUUGGCCCGUCGCCCGGUCGAGACUAUCUCCCUUUAGACGGCCACCCACGGCGAGUUCGUUGCUAUCCCAGUGGAAGCCCCUCUCUCGAGCUUCGCCCCGCCCUAGCAGGCUUUCAUCCCUCCUUCGCAUCCUCGUCGGCCCUCAAGCGACUCGGCGCGCACAAAACCGUCUUUGGAAUAUCCGACACGAAGCCCUCCCCGCGCUCCGACACCGGGCCCAAUCGCGCAUCUACCGUGCUAUCGUCAAGCGGCAGGCGCGGCUCGCGGCACGCAAUCGCAGACUCGGUGGGGGCUUCGUCGCAUCCCUCCUUGGGUCAAGAAGACAACUGCUACGUGGUGGGAGGAUCGGUACAGCUACAUCAAGUAGUCCAUUUGUGAGACGUGCGAAACCGACCCAAGGAGGAACCCCGGACGGGGCGAAAGAUGCUGUGACAGACUCGAUGGCAUCAACAUGGGGCACAGGGAGCGGGGACGGCGCUGCCCAGAGCAGCCGUCGCAAGAAGGCAUAUGAGUGGAUCAAGGCUGCGAACGAGGUCGGCCAGGCCUAUGCGUCGCGGUGGACUAGCCAGCGGGGUGAACCUCAGGAGGAUUAUUACAACACGCCAGGCGCGUUUCCGGACGUGGAGAUUGCACGGUCAGGCGAUGAGGAGAUGGUACUAUUCCCCAGCUAUGCAAGACGGCUGGAUAUCAAGAAGAAGAGUGAGACCAGUACGCAACGAAGACGGGAUUCAUGGUCCGAGACCAUCGACGAAUACCGUGGCAUAUCGGAUGAGAGCAACCCUACCAGGGAUAGCUGGGAAGACCCAAAUCUUGAGAAUGCGGUUGUCGACGUCGAUGUGCGUGGCUGGAUCUAUGCGCCUAGUCGGGGUCCGAUGAGUCGCAAGCACCGUCUGAUGAUCAAGCUGGCGAGAACGUUGAGCGGAAUCCCAGCUCCUUCUGGUGCAACACCCGAUGACAGCUCCGACCGCGUACCCAACAAGGGCGAGGAUGAACUUGUGGAUAAACAAAUGCAGACUCUCGUGGACACUGCAGAGAAAGAUGCAGAUCAGGCCUGGAAAAGCUCGAAUACCGACCGGACAAAGCCAGGCACAGGCGCAGGCAACGCCGUAGGCCAAGCUGUGGCUAUGACCAAAGACGAGAUAUCCAUGGCCAAUGCUCAUCUGAUGGAACGACUACGUCCGUUCUUAACGAACCCUAUGGCCGGUAUGCCGGUGACCGUGUUCUUUUUCAAUGACGAUGAGAGCGAGUCUCGGAACCUUCUAACAGACGAGUCGGGGCAUUUCAAUAUUCGCGCGGCCAUGCCCUUUGUCCCAACUCAUAUUCGAGUACUUGCAUCAGAGGAUUUAUCCGCGGCGAGGCCGAUCGACAUCAUCGAGCCGGUGGGUAUCAGUUUGAUUAGUGACAUCGAUGAUACUGUGAAGCAUUCAGCCAUCGCCAGCGGCGCGAAAGAGAUGUUCCGAAACACAUUCGUCCGUGAGCUGGCCGAGCUCACCAUUGACGGUGUCAGCGAGUGGUAUACCCAAGUAGCUAAGAAAGGCGUGGAGAUCCACUAUGUCUCAAAUGCUCCGUGGCAACUAUAUCCCCUUUUGGAGAGAUACUUUAAGCAGGUUGGCCUGCCACCAGGCUCUUUUCAUCUGAAGCAGUAUUCAGGCAUGUUGCAAGGCAUUUUUGAACCAACUGCCGAGCGCAAACGAGGCUCUCUAGAGCAGAUCAUGCGAGACUUCCCCGAGCGCAAAUUUAUCCUUGUUGGUGAUAGCGGUGAGGCUGAUCUUGAGGUCUACACUGAUAUUGUGCUAGCCAAUCCUGGCCGCAUUUUGGGCAUUUUCAUCCGUGACGUUACAACGCCGGACAAGAAGCCGUUUUUUGAUCAAUCCGUUGGCCAUUUGGAACCGGCACCGGAGCCUAUUCGUAGUCGCAGUACUCCACAACCUUUCGACCAUUCGGACUCUCUUGUCAACAGACCGUCUCUGCCACCUCGUCGGCCACUAGCACCACCUCCCGGCGUCGAUUUUAAGCGCUCUAUUAGUGAGGACUUGAUUGAUUUACGAGACGAUGAGCCAAAGGAGAAGGAUGUUGCGCCCGAGAUUCCUACCGCGACGAAGCCACGGCUGCCUCCUGGCAAACCGACGAAGCCAUCUUCACUCAGGACGACAUCUGGAGUCGGUGAUGUCUCUGAUCCUGUGACAACCAAUGAAAAGUCCUUCUCUCAAGAGACCAUUCGCCGCAAGCCAGUCCCUCCCCUACCACCUCGACGUCUUGCAGCCAAGACAGAUUCACUCAUUGAUCUGGAUACGUCUCCGCCUCUCUCGCGCUCUCGUACGGAGCCAUUCACGAGUGAGGGUCACCAAACCGGUCCGCCGACACGGUCCAAAGCACCUCCUCCAGUCCCUCCUCCACGCCGGUCAAAUACAGCCUCGUCAACAACGGGCUCCGGAUCCAGUGGGACCUCCACACCACGACAUGCAACACCAGCCACGAAAUCAUACCCCGCGGCCGCCGGAGCCGCCGCCCAAGCAGCCCUUAAUUACGCCACAGAGCGGCUCAACUUUUCGGCCUCCCCGGGGCAGAACCUCCGCACCUCGGCAUCAAACCAAUCCCUCAGCCGCACAUCUACUAGCUACAGCGCUGCCGAGCCUCUCCCGAACAAACGGGAAGAACUUUGGCGCCGCCGGUGGGAGCGCGCAAGCAAUAUUCUCGAGCAGAACGGUGUUGUCCUGGGAAGCUGGCGUAUUGGAUCUGAUGCACAACCUGUUUGUUUGUGGUUAGUUGAGGAGGCGAUGAAGAAGAUCCAGGUGAAUGGAUCGGAGGUGGGUGCUGGGCGCCGGCCAUAA